AUGUUUUCCAUACCUGAGGCCAUGAAGGUGGUUGCAAUGAAAUGUGUUGAGGUGCCAUCUCUGGGGGCCCCACCCUUCCCGUACCAGGACAAUGCCCACCAUAUCCACAGUGUACCAGGCGGCAGUGCCCUGGGGCAGCUGAGUGGAGGAGGUCCCCCCCUCUUCCCUGUUCUUGUCUCUCCCUGGGAUCCCAAGGCUGGAAGGGACCCUAGAGGCCUCCAGAGGGAUGAAGUGCCAACUCCUAAGGUUCUGAAGUAUGGUUCAAACCCAAGUGCUUUAGGGCAACCGGGUAGUCCAGUGGAUAGAAUGCUGGGGGAACCUGGAGUCCCCAAGAUGGCCAGCCUGCUGCCAACCCUCUUCCUGCUGCUGCUGCCAUCGCCAUCAUGGAGGAAUUGGCACCUUGCCCUUGCCCAGCACUUCUCUGCCCCCAAUACCACCUUCAACCACCUGGCCAUGGAUGCUGCCACAGGCAUGCUCUAUGUUGGCGCUGUGAACCACCUGUACCAGCUGACACCUGACUUGCAGCAAGUAGGUGAGGCAGUCACAGGCCCCAUAUGGGACAGCCCUGACUGUCUGCCCUUCCGGGACCGGAACGAGUGCCCACAGGCCCGGCCCACAGACAAUGCCAACCAAUUGCUGCUGGUGAGCGGGCAGGCCCGGGAGUUAGUGGCCUGUGGGCAGGUUCGCCAAGGCGUGUGCGAGAAAAGGAGUCUCGGGAAUGUGGCCCAGCUUGUGUUCCGAGCGGAGGAUCCCGGCGAUGGGCAGUUCGUGGCCGCUAAUGCCCCAGGAGUGGCCACCGUGGGCCUCGUGGUGUCAACCCCAGGGAGAGACCUGCUGUAUGUGGCCCGGGGCCUUGCCGGCAAGCUGUCUGCUGGAGUGCCCCCCUUGACCGUCCGCCAGCUGGCCGGGCCCCAGGCCUUCUCUAGCGAAGGCCUGGGCCGCCUGGUGGUGGGAGACUUCUCUGACUACAACAACAGUUAUGUGGGGGCCUUUGCGGGCACCCAGUUUGCUUACUUUCUCUUCCGCCGCCGGGGGUCUCGGACCCAAGCUGACUACCGCUCUUACGUUGCCCGCGUGUGCCUGAAUGACGCCAAUCUCUACUCCUAUGUAGAGAUGCCGCUCAUCUGCCAGGGGUAUAGCCUGGUGCAGGCAGCUUACCUGGCCCCGGGGCAAGGAGGGGGAACCCUGCUGGUAGUGGCGUCCCCAGGGCCUAUGGGAGGCUCCGCACUAUGUGCCUUCCCACUCCAGGAGGUCGAUGGCCGGAUGGAACGGGCCCGGAGGCUCUGCUACACUAUGGGAGGACACAGCCCAGCUGGGGAGGAGGCCACCAUUGAGUACGGCGUCACGUCCCGAUGCGUCUUCCUGCCCUCAGACUCCCCGGACUCAUACCCUUGUGGGGAUGAGCACACGCCCAGUCCCAUCGCCAGUCAUCAGCCCCUGGAGGCAGAGCCUCUGCUCACCAGCAUCCCCCACCUCAGCGCGGUUGCUGCUCUCGAAGAGGCUGGCCACACCAUCGUCUUCCUGGGAGACACUCAGGGCCAGCUCCAUAAGGUGUUCCUCAAUGGCUCCACAGGGCAGCUGUAUAGCUCCCUCCCAGUGGGCCCCCCAGGGACUGCCGUGAACCCUGAUUUGCUCCUGGACAGAAAUGGGAGUCAUCUCUACGUCAUGACAUCUUCUCAAGUGACCAAGGUGCCCAUCUCCUCCUGCCAAAAUUUCACUGACUGCCCCAGCUGUCUCCAAGCCCAGGACCCCUUCUGUGGCUGGUGUGUCCUUCAGGGCAGGUGUGUGAGGAAGGAGCAGUGCGCCGGCUUCGAGCAGAGCCAUCAGUGGCUGUGGAGCUACGGGCCCCCCGAGGGCAGCCUCUGCUUGGCUAUCCAGAGCCUGGUGCCUAGCCAGCAGCCCCGCCAGGAGCAGGGCCAGGUCACCAUGGUGGUGCCAAGGCUGCCAGUCUUGGCUCCCGAUAAGUACUUCCACUGCGCCUUCGCCAACUACGAGACGCUGGCUCACGUGGACGCCAGCCAGGUGGUGUGUGAGUCCCCCCCCCAGGAGCAGCUGCCCCCCAGCGGCGAGGGCACAGAUCACGUCACCGUGCCUCUGGCCCUGAUGUUCGAGGACAUCUCGGUGGCCGUCACCAAUUUCUCCUUCUAUGACUGCCAGGCUACCGGGGCCUUGGACGUAGCCGCUCCGUGCAGCGCCUGCGUGAGGAGCCCCUGGCGAUGCCACUGGUGCCCCCAAAGCGCCUCCUGCGUGUACGGGGACGGCUGCCCAGACGGGGAGAGGACAGUCUACCACUCCCAAGAAGCGGACGUCCUGACGAAGGGCCCUGAUUUCUGCCCCCAUGUGGAAGGUCUGGCCACAUCCCACCUCGUUCCUGUGGGCUGGGAGACCAGGCUGGCCCUGCGGGUUCGGAACCUACACCACUACCAGAGCAAAGCAGCCUCCUAUCACUGCUGGCUGGAGCUGCCGGGAGCCCUUCUGGGGCUCCAGGCGUCCCUGGAAGAGGGACACGACGAUACCCAGCUCAUCCGGUGCCAGGCUCAGCAGUUCCGGCCCUCUCCCCCUCGGAAGGAGCUCCAGGUGCCCAUCUACGUCACCAGGGGCAACACUCACAGGGUGGAUAAUGCUGGCAACAUAAACGUGACCCUCUAUGACUGCACCGUGGGUCAUGAAGACUGCAGCCACUGCCAGGCAGCCGACAAGAACCUGAGCUGUGUGUGGUGUGGCCAGGGCAGGCCCACCUGUAGCUACAGGCCCCUGUGCCCGCCAGAAGCUGUGGAGUCACUCUGUCCUUUGCCCAGCAUCCACUUGAUCAAGCCUCAGACUGGCCCCCCGGAGGGCGGAGUGGCCCUCACCAUCCUGGGCUCCAACCUAGGCAGCCGAUUGGAGGAUGUGGCCGAUGCCGUGACCGUGGCAGGACAGCCUUGUCGCCUGGACCCAACCCUCUACCACAUCUCUACCCAGUGAGGGGGCUGUCAACAUGGGCUGCUUGGGAUGGGGGUGGGGCAGCGCAGGAGGGUACCGAGAGAGAAGGCUGGAGGAAGCUGGGAGGUGGAGAUGGGGGACAGAAGCCCAAGCAUGGGGCACAGCCAGGGAAAACGCCUGGAGUCAGGAGAUGGAGUGUCUUGUAAGAGUUGCAGCAGGGAGGCCAGGAUCCCGGGAUCCCAGAGAAUGGACAGAAGGAAGGGCCGUUGGGAGGGAAGAGAGUCACCAAAGUGGGCUGGCGCCAGCUCAGGCAACAUUACAAAUGGCAGAGCUUUGGAGGGCAGGAAGUGGCCCUACUCGGCUCUGUACCCUGCCUCUGCCGCAGAGUAGGUGCUUGCUUGUUGAAUGACUGAGAGAACUGGAGAGCCCAGGGACAGCUGAGACAGGAAAAGAGGGACAGGAGAAAAGGAAAGGAAUAGGCAGAGAUGGAGGCCCAAACACAGGAAGAGAUAGAGAUGGA